AUGAACCGCAGAGAGUUCGAGGCAUCGGUGUACCUUCGGAAUGAUCACCUCACCAUCAAGUGCAUUCUCACUGUCAGGAAAUCACUUGUAUCUACAACCCAAUUCGUGAACAAAAUCGAGGCGCCGCCGCCGUCGUCCAGCAUCACGGAGCAACUUGCCAAGUUAUUGGAGGCUGAGGAGAAUGUAGAUGUCACAUUCAGUGUUGGGGGAGAUACGAUUGGAGCACACAAGAUUCUGCUGGCGGUGCGGUCGCCAGUUUUCAGAGCGGAGCUCUAUGGGCCGAUGAAGGAGUCGAAGGUGCACCAUGUGACCAUUGAAGAUAUGCAGCCUGCUAUUUUCAGGGCCCUGUUGCAUUUCAUAUAUACUGAUUCCUUGCCUGACGUUGAUCAGAAAACGGGAGAGUACAACAGUGAUUUGAUCUGGCAUUUACUUGUGGCUGCUGACAGAUAUGCCGUAGACAGGCUGAAGUCUCUAUGUGAAACCAUCCUUUGCAAGAAUCUUGAUGUGGAAACUGUGGCCACUACACUGGCUCUAGCUCAGCAGCGUAACUGCGACAGGCUUAAGGAUAUUUGCCUUGAUUUCAUCUCCAGUUCAACUGUGAUGGAUGCAGUGAUGGCAACUGAUGGUUAUAAGGAUCUCAAGACAACAUGUCCUUCUACUUUGAUAGAUAUGUUUGAGGGCACGUACAACGGCCAGACGACGCCAUCGAUUUGCAUCGAUCGCUGUCCUUCGUCUACGGCAUUUGCCCGUUUUCCCAGGCGAGUCGACGCCUCCUCCGCGCGCCGUUUUAUGAUCCCGCUCCCACUCAGCGCCGGCGGCAGGGAUCCGGUGCGCCCCUCCUACCCAUGUGUUGCAGCACGGCAGCAUGCUUGUGCCUGCAGACCUGUCCCUCUCUCCCUCCGCUUUGUGUUUUACGGAUGGAGCAAGAUGAACAGUAGAAGCUAG